AUGUGGUGUACGGGCAGCCCGCUUAGAUCGGUUAUUACUCCAAGAUAUAUUACGAAUGCUGGCUUUAACCUUCGGACUACAGUUGCGGAUGUUAUUGAUCAAAACGGAAACUGGAAAUGGCCCCAAGCGUGGUUUGACCUAUUUCCGGUUUUAAUUACCAUCUCGGUUCCCAACUUGGAUUCUAAUGCAGAGGACCGGCUCGUUUGGAAAGAUGUGGAUGGAAAACCUGGUGACUUUAAAUCGGCUCAGGUUUGGAACACCAUUCGAAGUCAAGAGCAUCAUGCCCCUUGGGCAAACAUGGUUUGGUUUUCUCAAUGUAUUCCGCGGCACGCGUUUCAUAUGUGGCUAGCGUUCAGAAAUAAGUUAAAGACACAGGAUAGGAUGGCAGUUUGGGAAGCAGGUAGUCAAACAAAUCUAAAUCUUAUGUGCUGUCCGCUAUGUAACUAUGACCGGGAUAGUCGUGAUCACUUAUUUUUUCAAUGUAACUUCUCGGCGCAAGUGUGGAAUAAAGUGAAGGCGAUGGUAAACCUGACGAAUGUGGACACUACUUGGUCAUCAAUUCUAAAUUGGGUGGAGCAACACUCAAGAUCAAAGAGUGUUGAUCACAUUGUGAGUAAGUUGGUUAUAGCAGCUGCUUCGUACUACAUUUGGCAAGAAAGGAACAACAGGUUGUCCACUAAUAGCAAGAGGACGGUAGAUCAAGUUGCUGAGAUGGUUAAAGGCUCGGUUCGUUUGCGUUUGAUGAGUUUCAGAUUCCGCGCGAGCUCGGCAAAGGAAAGGAUUUUCAAGGCUUGGCAGAUUUGCAACGAUGAUGUAGUGGAUCCGGGCUAG